AUGUUCACGCCAGUGCAUACCACGUUCGGGGCGUUGAUGCUCUUCCAGGGCUCUACGGGAUUGCUGUUGCACAAUGGGGCGGUUUUUGGCAUAUCCUCGCUCCUGUCGGGAGCUCUUUUGAAUCCGACGAGGGAUAAUGUGGCUCUCAUUGCUGGUCUGGCGUCGAGUGUUGUCCCCGUCGCUCUCUUCUUGCCGUCCGCCAUUCCAUCAUAUCCCACUGCACCAAGUUCUUGGGGGUCGUGGCUCUUGACCGUGGGCCAUGGGUUUUUGCUGGGAUGGGGUACAAAGAAUGGUCGAGGUUGCACGUCCGGCCACAUGCUCUGUGGUAUUUCUCGAUUGUCGCCACGCUCAUUCAUUGCUACCGCUGUCUUUUUCACCACCGCCCUACUCACAGCCAAUUUCUUCGCUGGCGGCUCCAACAUCCCUCCGUGUGCCGGUGGAACACCCUGCUACAUGCCCGUCUAUCCAUCGACUGCGGAGCUCGCCGUCAUGCUCACCACCACAUUGGUUACAUUCGUAAUGAACUUUGUCGUCGUUCCCCGUACCCUCGAGAGAUCCGAACGCUCAAGGACUAUAUUUUCGUAUCUGGCGGGUCUGGAAUUUGGCGUAGGCCUGCUGUUCUCUGGAAUGGCUGACCCAGCCAAGGUCCUGCGGUUCUUUGCCUUCCUGUCUGACCCAUCGCGAUUCGAUCCAUCACUGGCACUCAUAAUCCUCUUCGGAAUCGGCCCGUCACUGAUAACCUUCUUGUCGACCAAACCAGGGAAACAGACCGAUAACAAGGCGGAACGGUCCACACCCACUCUGGCGGGACAAUGGAGACUUCCCACUGCGACUGUAGCAGAUAUUGACUGGAGAUUUGUGGCAGGCGGGGUCGCUUUCGGCCUCGCUUGGGGACUACGUGGAGUAUGCCCAGGUCCAGCCAUCCUGCGCAGUGUGCUCCAGCCGGUUUGGGGGCUUGCAGAGAUGACUGGUUUUAUGCUAGGGAAUUUGAUGUGA